AUGUCCGCCCGCUAUUUGGUGCUUCUCGUGCUGGCCCUGAUCGUCGCCCAUCUCGAGGUCAUCGAAGCGACCAAGUGCUACAAGUGCAUGAGCCCCGGACCAAAAGAUACAUACGAUCCGAAGGCGGAUACCUCCGAGUCACCGCAUCCCCUUCACCCGGAUUGUCUGCAAAGCAGCAAGGACCUGCCCACUUGCGACGGUGCUCACUGC